GGCAUGGGGUGUACGCUUGUGCAUUAUGGUACGGAAAGCACCAUCGGAAUUCAAUGAAAGCCGAUUUAUUUCGAUGGCUAUUUACAAUGAAUUUUUGCUGACAUGUUUUCUGAACGUUUCCAUGCUUUUCCUGCAAUCGCCUGCCAAUCCAGAUUUGCUUUACAUCAUAUUUUUCUGUCAUACACAAUUGACUGUGACGCUAUUGUUGGCUUUAAUAUUUGGCAGUAAGGUUUACAUUGUACUACGCAGUGGUAAAUCACAUCAGGAGAAUAUAGCUUUGGGUGCCAAAGCUUCCGGUGCGAAAUUCAAUUUUCGCCCACAAGUUCGUACAUUUGCUAAUCCCAGUUCGGUGACAACAACUACGGCUCCAGUAAUUGGCACUUCAGGUGUAAAGCAGAUUGCAUGUUUACAUGUUUGCAAAUGCUUGCAUGCAAUAACUUGUGGUGCAACGUUGCGUAUACGUGAUGUGAUGAUGCGUAAAUCGAUUUAA